UCUAUCGGAAACAGCCUCUCUAUCCUCUCGGAGGUAGGAGUAAGGUUUGCGUACACACUAUCCUCUUUAGACCCUACUAGUGAGAUUUCACUGGGCAUUGUUGUUGUUAAUGAUAUGAAUCCACCAGGAGUGGAUCGCCUGGAUACCUUAUUGAGAGGUAACCAAAGACUCAAUUCAGUCUCCCUCUGGCAAUACUUCGUGCAUUUUCUUUUUGAGUGGUAUGCAUUCAUUCAUUUUGUCGAGAUGAUCUGAGUGACAAAAUUCUUGUUUCUUUCACCUGGAGCCGGGGAAAGGGAAGAAGAAUUCUUGCUGAAGCUGAUGUAACCAGAGAUUAAAUUCAGCCUCCCCCCUCUCUCUCCCAACAUGUUUGGAAAGCUGAUGCUAAGUAUUUAAGUCAGAAGAAGGAUUAUAGAAUUUCCUGAUAAGUUGGUAGUGUUGUAACCAAUUCUUCUGUCGUGCUAUGUUUUGUUGGCUGUCAAGAUGAAUCUUGCAUGUAUGCACUUCUCAGAAAGGAGCGAGAAUUCCUCAAGUCUCUUCCUUUAGGAACUAACGCUCGAGUUUGUCAUUUUAUGGCGCCAAAAGACCGACAACUAAAAAGGAAAAGGAAAACAAAGAGAGAAAUUGCCACGUGCUAGAUUACUGGGUAGAUCCAGCUGACUCUAAUCUCAUUCUAUCGUGUGGUUAAUCUUGGGAAAUAAUGCAACUCGAUAGAAGAAAAUUUGUUUGGUGAUGUGGGUUAAACUCCCUGUUUUUUUUUUUCCCUUAAAUUCCAUGCUGAAUCAAACAACUUCGUCUAAAUUGAAAUGAAGGGAGUAUUAAAAUUCAAGGGAUGUAUUAAUAUUGCGGAUGUAGAUGACGACCUUAAUUGAGUUUUGGAGGAAAUAGUGUUGGUUCAUCAAGGAAAUGAAGAAGCAAAUGUAGAUGAGUGUUAAUAAGAGAUGCAGGCAUAAAUUAAGCCACUUGCUCAUUGAUCCGUGAUAGUAUAACUUUUUCUUGCAGAGAUGUGAAGUAUGUACGGUGGGAUAUCUUGUGAAAGCUCUUUUAUCCUGUGAAUGCUUUUAAGGAUCAUCUAGCAGAGAAAAGAACUUACCGCUUCCUAUUUACUUCAUUCACGCCUUUUCAUUUCUUUCUUUAUGAGAGAAUUUGAACAAUGUUUUCAGUCACUUGAAUUAUUCAAACUAAAACAGAGUAAUAUUGGUCUCCAUGAAGGACUUGUCUUUCUUUCAGUUGAAGAAUGUCAUGGGAGCUAAGCUGAGGAAAGGCUUUAAAAACUUUUGUAAUAACGAAAGCUCUACCUCCACUCUCAACCAUCAAACUGCAGCCUCUGCCCGCUCUCUCUCAUCUACGUAUAUGAUGGUCACUGCUACUACUGAUCUAAAGCUGAACGAAAGGAAUAACCCGACAACCUUGGAGGAGAUGUUGCUCCAAUUGGACAUGGGGGAGAAAAUGGCAAGAAGAGAAAAGCUGAACGAAUAUGGGCAGCAUAGAAUGUCUUGUGUCAACACUUCAGACAUUCUUCGAACUGCAAGGAAAACGCUAAACCAGUAUCUCCGCUUUUCUCUGGAUGGCAAAGAUGCCAUGUUCCGGUCUUCUUUCCAUGAUGUGUCUCCUUUGCUAACCACAAGUGUUGGUGCAAGAAAAUCAGUAUGCUGCAACCGCGAGCUGAGGAAAAUGGAGAUGAAAACUCAAACUCAAACUCAGAACAUGCACCCGGCAAUAGCAGGGGAGAGAGUUGUUUGGUGUAAACCCGGAGUAGUAGCUAAGUUAAUGGGACUUGAAGCCAUGCCAAAAUCAAUACACAGAAAACAUAGUAAGGAUAGAGUGAGUGCAAUUAUCAAAAGCCAAAGCCUGAGGAAACGGUACGAGAUAGAGAGUAAGAGAAGAGGAAGGGUGGUGGUGGAAACGAGCUGUGGUGGCCACAACUCUAAUGUAAAGAGAGGGAUAAAUAAUCAGAUGAGCUCUUGUUCAAGAAAUGGCUAUUGCGUUAUGAAACCCGUUUCAAUAGACCUAACAAAAGAUUACAAAGAAGUAGGCUAGCCAAUGCGAGGCGGCGUUUUGUACAGAAAUAACAAUGACAUGUUGUAAGAUUUUUCUUUUUACUUAUUGUUCAACUCAGGUGCUUUUGUCAAUCAUAUAUAGAAGAGGACUAUCUUUUGUGUAUGCCAAA